AAAUACACACGGCCACGUUAGCCUUCUCUUCGCAAAAAACUACUCUCAAACUCCAACCCCUUCGCAGCCCCUCUGUUUCGCCAGAAAAAUGGAUCGGUACCAGAAGGUGGAGAAGCCAAAGGCUGAGACACCGAUAAACGAGAAUGAACUGAGGAUUACAGCUCAAGGAAGAAUGAGGAAUUACAUUUCUUACGCCAUGACUCUGCUUCAGGAGAAAGGUGCCAAUGAGAUUGUGCUUAAAGCCACUGGCAGAGCUAUCAACAAGACUGUCAUGAUUGCUGAAUUAAUUAAGAGGAGGAUUGGUGGUCUUCAUCAGAAUACAUCAACUGGAUCAAUAGACAUUACUGACACAUGGGAACCACUAGAAGAAGGACUUCUUCCCCUAGAAACCACUCGCCAUGUUUCAAUAAUCGCGAUUACUUUGUCUAAAAAAGAGCUGGAUUCAUCUUCAAUAGGAUAUCAACCUCCAAUCCCAGCUGAUCAAGUGAAGCCGUCAACUGAGUUUGAGGACAAUGAAGGAGGCAAUAUCAAUGGUGGCACGUUGGAGCAAAGGAAUGGAGGAUGGGAUGGUGGACGAGGUUCUGGAGGCAGAGGUUGGGGUCGUGGGAGGGGAUGGGGUUUCCGAGGGCGUGGAAGAGGGUAUGGUGGUGGAAAUAUGCAGCGGGACUCAGGAUAUUACAAUGGUAAUGGUCCAUCAGGACCGUUGCCUGGCCAGGGUCGUGGUCGUGGACGUGGGAGGGGAAGAGGGACGUGGUCGUGGUCAAGGUUUCAAAUCUGAUGGUCCAUUACCGCAAUCUGCUUGACCAUCUGCAGAACUACGGCUUUAGAUUGAAACAAACCAGUGGAUGGCCCGCUAUAUUCUUUUGUCAGUUAGUACAAAUGUCCUUUAGACAUUAUUUAAUUCGAAAAUUGAGUUGUAGGGUACAUUAUAUAUUGGUUUUCCAGGCCGCAAUUUUUGUAGGAAAGUCGUAGGAUAUUUUAUCCCGCUCUGCCAUGUUGUACAAUUUUUAGGAUAUUAUUUUUUUUUGGUUUUUA